UUGCAGAAAUAUGGAAAGUCAACAUGGUCGCCGUCGAGUUUGAUUGGAGGGGAGAAGCCAAAGGGGCCAGAGAGAUGAUUUCACACACAGCGCCCUUUUCCACAAUUUUUCUUGCCCGUUGAUUUGCCCGUUGACUACGAUGACUUCUCUCCUCCAUUUUUAGAGUACUAAGUGCUCCUUGAUUCUCUCUCUUGCCUUCUCACAAGAAGAGCCUUGUUAGAGCUAGCCUUGCUGCCAUUUAAGUGGGGCUAAACAGACACUAAUCUUGCUGGGGAAGGGAGUAGCCAGAGACAUGAUUUCCGAGCUGUUGCUGAUUCUUGAGCUGCUUCUAUUACUGGUGGCAGCAUCGCUCGGUACAUACACGUCGGGGGCCGAGAACUCAUCAUCUCCGCUGACCUGUACGAGCGUUCCCUACCCCUUCGGCAUAUCCGGUAAAGCUUUGAAAGGCUUCGAAAUAAGCUGCAAUGGCAAUUCUCCAAUUCUGCAUCUAGGCAAGCAUACUUACGAGAUUGAAACCAUCUCGUUGCUGCAAGGCAAUCUGAUCAUCUACGCUAGUGCUAUUGCUCGGGGCUGCGAAGGAAACUUCAUUCGAGGAUCCGGCUGGAUCAACCUGGAGGGAACCCCCUAUACGAUAUCGGACACACAGAAUAUGCUGACGAUGGUCGGUUGCGACGAUCUGGCAAUUAUUAAAGGAAGCCGUAGUAACUUGACAAGCGGUUGUGUUACCUUCUGCGACUCCGUUCACAGUGUUGUCAUGAGCGGACGUUGCUCUGGCUUGGGCUGUUGUCAGGCUUCCAUCCCUAAAGGUCUCAAGAGCUUCAACCUCACGUUCGGAAAACCUGGUAAUCUCAUAAACGCAGUCUUCAAUUCUACCGCGGGCAGCCAGGCCUUCCUUGUUAACCAAAAUAGCUUCACAUUCUCGAGUGAGAAGCUGUGGGGUGGUGUAUACCACAAUCAAACUUUUCAAGUGGUGUUGGACUGGGCUAUUGGGAAGGAGCAAAAAAGCGAGAAAGAAGAAGGAAACCUACGCUUGCAAGGAGAACAGCUACUGUCACGAUUUAACUAA